GGCGGAGCCGAGGGGCCCUGGCUGCAGGGCCGUCCUCGGUGGGGCCAGCGGCUGUCUGAGGGGCCUCCCGCUGCGAGGAGCGGGCCAUGGAGCCGCAGGUGAACCUCUGGGUCAGCUGCCGCGGGGAGACCCAGAGCUUCCUCGUCUCCGACUCGGCGCACACGACGUGGGCCGACGUGGAGGCCAUGGUUAAAGUUUCAUUUGACCUGGACAACAUUCAGAUCAAAUACGUUGAUGAGGAUAAGGAUGAGGUGUCUGUGAAUACCAAAGAGGAAUAUGAAGAAGCUCUGAAGAUUGCAGUUAAACAAGGAAAUCAACUCCAGAUGAAUGUGUAUGAAGAAGGCUCUUUUCUGAAAGAUGCUCCAUCUUGUUCUUCACAACCGCGUGAAAGAACCGUGCCAGAAAAGUUGGCAGCUCUUAAAGAUGAGAAAAUACCUCUUUCACACUACUCUGUGGUAGCUCAGGGGUUGGAGGAAGACUUGAAAAAUGAAAAGGAGCUGGCAGUUCAGCAAAAGUUAAAUCACAAUGAAACAGGGGGAACAAAUGAAAAUCCUCCAGAAUGGUUUACUAGCUACUUGGAAACAUUCAGGGAGCAAGUGGUGAAGGAAACUGUUGAGCAACUGGAACAGAAGCUAUAUGAGAAGCUUGUUCAUCACAAUCAGGCUCCAGACUUUCCUGAGAGCUCUAUUACAGCAGCGCCUCCAGCUUCAGAGACCCAACCAGGGAAUGGUAACCAGUGUGACUGGCUAAUCUCCUGCUGCAACUGUCAGGCCCGAAUCGUUGGAGUUCGCUACCAGUGCAGCCUUUGUCCAGCCUACAAUAUUUGUGAACAGUGUGAAGCAGGAACAUAUGCACACGAUCCUAAUCACGUCUUGUUAAAGCUACGAAGACCUAUACUGUGUAUUGCUGAGAACUACAACCUUGCACAGUUUUCACCUCGCCUGCCUGCUACUCUGGAGCAAGUUAGGCUCCAGAAACAGAUGGACAAAAGAUUUCUGAAGGCAGAAAAGCAGAGAUUACGAGCAGAGAAGAAACAGCGAAAGGCAGAGGUCCGAGAGCUCAAAAAGCAGCUAAAAUUGCACAGGAAAAUUCAUCUGUGGAACUCUGUCCAUGUGUUGGAAACUAGUGGCUCACCUACUCUGAAGUCUGAGUCUCUCCAACCCAGUACCUUACUGAGCCCUAGUCAACCCGUCCAAGCGAUUGUCCCAACACUAAGUGCAGUGUUUGUGGAUGAGAAUUUGCCAGAUGGGACUCGCUUGCAGCCGGGAACAAAGUUUAUCAAACACUGGCGAAUGAAAAAUACUGGCAAUGUGGAAUGGGGCUCAGACACAAAGCUGAAACUUAUGUGGGGAAAUUUGACCUUGGCAUCUUCUGAAAAAAAGGAUGUGUUGGUGCCAUCCCUUCCAUCGGGACAAGUAGGAACUGUUUCAGUUGAGUUUGUGGCUCCUAAUAUAGAAGGAACGUACACGUCUCACUGGAGACUGUCACACAGAGGGGAACAGUUUGGGCCUAGGAUCUGGUGCAGUAUUGUUGUGGAUCCCUCCCCAGCUACUGACUCUUUAGAAAGCAAUUGGAAGGACUCCGAUUCCAACCAAACAGAUAAAUCUUCCAGUAACAAACAGGAUGCUUCCUUGAAGACAGAAGGCAGUGCUCAAGUGAUGGGUGAAAUUGUGGAACAGGCUGAGAUACCUCUGCCAAAUCUUCCUUUGAAGAUGAAAAAUCUGCCAAGCGAGAGAGAAUUUUAUAUCCCAUCUGUGGAUCUCCUCACUGCACAGGAUUUACUGUCCUUUGAACUAUUGGAUAUCAAUAUUGUGCAGGAACUGGAGCGAGUGCCACACAACACUCCUGUUGACAUGACUCCAUGCAUGUCCCCUUUGCCACAUGAUAGCCCCUUGGUGGAGAAACCUGGCUUAGGUCAGAUAGAGGAGGAGAACGAGGGAAGUGGAUUUAAACCAGUGUCUGAUGCUUGCAUGGUGAAAAUGAAAGGUGAACAUCCACUGAACCAGGAGGAAGGGGAAGAAGACAUGAGUGGGACUCAGUUUGUCUGCGAAACUGUAAUUCGCUCUCUUACCCUGGAUGCCGAACCUGACCAUAAGCCCCCACAAAAAAAGAAAGUGAUGAAGAAUUCUUUGCAAAUGCUGCAAGACACCUUCACUUGUAAUGUGCUAAGUGAAGAAUCUCCUAGGAUAAAAACUAAUGCCGCUUCUAAAAAGGAAUCAAAGAUCUGUCAGUCAGAGGCGAUCACAGAAAAUGGCAGUGGGGAACUUCUGUUUUCCGAGAAAGUAAACCCUUGUAGCAACACUGGCGAUUCUGGUGAUGAAGAUGAAGGUGAUGAUAAAGAUGAUGUGCAAAGUCAAGGCUCUUCUGCUUCAUCAGAGGAUUAUAUUAUUAUUCUCCCUGAAUGCUUUGAUACCAGUCGUCCUUUAGGGGAGUCCAUGUAUAGUUCGGCUCUUUCUCAGCCCAGUCUGGAAAAGACAGGAGAACCUGAAACAGGAGCAGGGCCAGAUGGGGGAAGUCAGCCAGAGAUACACAGCAUCAGUGAUACUUCGACAACAUCACAAACGCUGCCUGUAGUACCAUUGACCACAGAGACCACAGACACCUUAGCCCAGACAGAAAGGAAUCUUGCAUCUCUUCAGAAUUGUAUCUUCCAAGAACCAAACAUACCAGCUCCAGAGAAUGUCUGUUCCACUCCUCACAAUCAAAUAAGAGAAGAACCUAGUGGUGAAGACAGCUAUGGACAGGGAUCUUCUGGAUUUCUAACAAGAAACCAGAAUUUCUCAGAAUACCCAAGACACCCACAAGGAAGCAGUAUUGCAGGAGAACUAGUUAAAGGAGCUUUAUCAGUUGCUGCCUCGGCCUACAAAGCAUUAUUUGCUGGACCACCCAUUACAGAACAGCCUGCAGCUACAGAAGAGCACACUGCCACUCUUCUAUCCAGUCUGUGCGAGAUGGGAUUCUGUGACAGGCAGUUAAACCUGCGACUGCUGAAGAAACACAACAAUAAUAUGGUUCAAGUGGUAACUGAAUUGCUUCAGAUCAGUAACAGUGACUGGUACAGCAGUAGGUGCUGAACCUUCCUGGCGGAGCAAUGAAUCACCUUAAUUGAGCAAACUCUCAUUAAACACUGCAUCAGUAGCGUGCUGUUCCUCAGCUGUGUUCUGUUUGGAGGCGUAGAUAAAACUUUAGCUUUUCUUUGAGCUUUUGACCUUUUUUCUUUCAUGGAAAUGUCAAACUGCUUGUCACAGCAUUUUAUGAAUUGGAGACCAGAAUUCCAACUGUACUUUGGACAUCCUGGUGAAAUGAGUGGUCUUGAAGUCUAUCAUUUUAUACUGAAUCCUUUUUAUCUGGGAAUUCUAGACAAUGACUUAAACUUGCACCCAGAUUAGAACUUCCCCUUUUACUGUAUGUAAAAUAUUUUAGGCAGCUGGGGCUCUUGUUUUGUUGACUUUUAACAAACUUUGGAAUAGGAAACAAUGUAAAAUGCUUCUGUAAAAUGUAGUCUUGCCUGAUUUACAAGAGGUGCCCACAAAUAGGAAGCUGUUUCUUCUUAUAUAACUUAGUAAUCGACCUUUUUUGUCCAAUGCAUGAUAGUAAUGUAACAGAUUUAAAUCUUACAAGUCAUUCUUAGAAAAAAAAAAUUGCUUAUAUAUUGAAAUGAGUCUUGAACCAUCAAACAAUUUUCAAACAGUCUGAGAUCACAACCACUGUAAUUUAAACUGACGUUUACCAGGAAAGUCAUCGUUUCUUAUAGCAGAAUAAAGCAUGAGAGUGAUCUUACCAUUGAACCAUCUCUAGUAAUAAUGCAAAGCAUAUCUCUAACAGAAAAUAUAGCCUAUGUAAAAAUAUGUGGUUAAAGAUGGAUUUGUAAAUGUGGGAAGGGGCUUUCUAAGAACGUUUAGAGGUUCCUCAUAAAAACAUUAAACUUGACCCCUAUCUUCUUUUCAACAUAGUCCAAACCUCUUAACCUGUUAAUACCACAUAGAAGAAUUGAAGAAUGUGUAAAAAGUCAGAUCUGAAUUGAAGUACAAAUUCUGGUAAUGUUUGAGGAUGGGAAGAAUGCUCGAGGUAGGGAUUGUGUGACUUUUUAUACUUUGAGAAAUGUAGUAACUUAAGCAGCGUGAAGUGUACGGUCUCCUGUGAUGGUUCUAGCUGUGUUUCCAUAGACACAUCUGUAGGACUCGCUUUCUCACAAGAUUUUGGUUUACAUACCCAUAUUUAAUUUGAAAUUUAAGAAUUCCCUUCUAAACAUGCCGAGAGGAGAUUUGAUUCUGAAGAAUCACAAGAAACCAGCAACAUACACUGCUGUGCAGUGGUGUAUCCUUAAGUAACUGUUCAGAGUUCGGUCCUCUGAAAGUGACAGCAGUGUUGGCUAUGUUCUUUUUGAGCAAACUUUCUUGCUGCAGGAAGAGACCAUUGAUAGUAAAAUAUUUAUAUUAUUGCUGCUUCAAAAUAAGGUGUUUCUGUUUUGACACAAUGUAGCUGAAGCAGUUAUCAGUAUUGUGACUGACCAGGUGAUCAGUAGUAAAGUUUUUUUUUUUUCAAAAGACAUAAUACCCUCAGAGAUAAGAUACCAUUAAAAUAAAUGAAGAAAAAAAUGUAUCAUACUGUUCCUGUUUUAAACCUAUUUUUAUAGAUUGUGGAAGAUAUACUCCUAAAUGUUUAUUUUGAAAUACAGUAGGACUAUUUUGCAGUGUUUCUCAUCUGUCUGUACCCCAGUGCAACUGUCUGCUGUGGACCAGAUAAAGAUCUUUCUGUAACUUGAAACUACUGGAUUUUCCAACCGUAACUUACACGUACUGUUUUGAGUACCUUUGGCUUAUGCUUACUAUAGAAUGAGGAGGAGGGAAGGACAUGGAUGAAGUGCAGUAGCUGGUGAAAUUCCUAAGCCUGGUGUGGUUGUCUGCUUUGAUCUGGAAUGCCCAGCAGGAUGUUUGUUAUUUCUGUGUGUACCUUUAUACUUAGGAUUUUAAUGUAUUCUGUAAAUUAACAAAACACUAAAAUGUAUGAGGAAAAAACACUUCAUUGCAGAUUGAAAUGUGAAGUGUGAAAUGCUGUUUUCCUUAGGUUACUUUUUACUAGGGUUUAGAUAAUGUAUGCUCAGGCUUAAGAUGUAUUUCCGUUGGCUUUGUAUAUUUUGUUAAUGGAUGCAUGGUAUAAUUUAUAAUAUAUUCUAUAGUGCAAAAUGUGACCUCUGUGUCUUAUUUAGGAUAAGCAUUUUAAAGUCAACUGUCGGGGGCGGGGGGAGGAAAGGGAAGGAGGGUGGAAGACCCCCUCUUUCCUGUCUCCUUACAAUAAAGCUCUUUAUCUGGC